CAGGGAAACGGGGACUGAAGCAUCACCGCAGAUAAAGCAAUAUAUCUGAUUUUACUGUAGCGUUCAGUUUAAACACAUUUACAGUGCCGGAAGAUGGUAGCAAAACAAAGAAUCCGGAUGGCAAACGAGAAGCACAGCAAAAACAUCACUCAGAGGGGGAACGUGGCCAAGACUCUGCGACCACAAGAAGAGAAAUAUCCUGUGGGGCCGUGGCUCUUGGCACUCUUUGUAUUUGUUGUGUGUGGAUCAGCCAUUUUUCAGAUCAUUCAAAGUAUUCGAAUGGGAAUGUGAGUCCCAGAAUUCUUCACAUAAUCUGCCUUGCAUCUGAAUGACAUUUAUUGGUGAUUGGACACAAACUGAUGGAAGACCAGAUGGUCAAAAUCCUUCUUGUGGGUCUAAAGGUUUUAUGCGGAGCUGGAUCAAGUGUACAAUACUACAUGACAUUGUCACACAUGUUUACAGUGUCUU